AUGGCAAAAGUCGUCUUCACGCCCUGGAAAACCCAGGCUCAAUUACUUGCGGUGCGAGACCAAUUCUAUCCCCCGCCAACAUACGACGGACCGGAUUUGCGCUCUCAAGCUUGCGCAAAGGUAUCGAUCUGGAAACUACGGGGUAGCCUCCCCCAUCCCAUCGAAGCAACGGCGUUAUUAACAGAUGCCAUUCUGCACGACGAUGCCGGGAAAAAUUCUGUCUUUUCUAUUCGCGCGACCUAUUCUGCUGCUUUUUGCCGAUUUGUCACCGGCCUUGUUGACGCUAAAAUUCCUGGCAUGAGAAAAACCAUGUUCCAGAGGGCCAUUGACCUCGGUCUUCCGGCUUCGUUUGUAGAAUUGCGGCACGAGGCUACACAUCGCGAACUUCCUUCGCUAAUUGUGCUCCGGCAUGCAACCCAGCGAUCUCUGGAGUGGUUGUGGGAUUAUUACUGGGCCAAGGUUGAUCCGCAUGCCGCUGCUGCCCCUCCGGUUUCAGCUUUGGUUCCGGCUGAUGCGGAAGAGAUUGAUUGUGAUGACCUGGGGGUCAAGAAGUCUAUUCUGGAUACUCUGAGUCCGUUGGUGAAGGGAGAAGGUGAAGAGCAGCAGCCGCCGAGGAAGAAACGCAAGGCUCAGUACCAGACUACUACCGCGACACAGCUGGUGUCGAUAUGUAAGGCUUUGCGGAAGGGGGCUGUUCUUCUGUCAAGAGUGCUGUUGGAUGAAUCGGUAUUAGUCCCUGCUGGACGGAGGCUAGGAGACUCGUUACACGACACCUUUAUCAAAUGGGAGCAGCUCUUGCAAAUGAUCACAGAAAGCCAUUCUGCAUUCCUAUCAACCCUAACAGAGGAAAUGGUUAACGAUCUUGCAUUCUCGACGCAAACUAAAGACACCAAAAAUAACGCUUGCCACGAAGCAAUCUACACCUGGUUAGACCACAUCCUACGCUCGACCGAAUGGAAAUCCAGCAGACGGUUACUUUCGUUCAGCUACCUCCUUGCUGCGUGCGAGGCAAACCCGAACCAUUGGACCGAUAUGCUGAAGAAGGUUUUGCUCAAGGAGGAGGUAAAGAGGGCUAAGGGUGCUGUUUCUUUGUCGGUGCCGCGGAUGCAGACGCGAACUGAGGCAAUGAUUUUAGAUGGGAAUGCAGAUGCAGAUGCGGGCGCGCUGCGGGAGUUAGGGUGGGAGUCAUUGGAGUUGUGGGAUAGUCGGCCAUUGGGUGUUGCUUAG